GCCCUGGGGGGAGGGAAGAGAGAAAAUCUACCUUGGGGUAAAAGUUAGCGAGAUCUGGCUUGAGCACCUGGUAGGGGAAAGGCGCUCAUGAUCAGGGGAGAGGAGAGGCUGAACUUUUCUCCACCAGAAAGGAGGGCUCCGUACUGGGGAAAAAAGGAAAGCUGAGCCAGAGGAGAGCAUCUGCUUGGUCAAGGCUCAGGGGUGAAAAACUCUUGUGCCUUUGCCCUCCCCGCCUGCAGAAAGCACCCCGUUCCCUUUGCCCCAGAGGAGCCCUCCUGGCACCAUGAACGUCUUCCGCAUCCUGGGGGACGUCUCCCACUUGCUGGCCAUCAUCAUCCUCCUGCUGAAGAUCCAGAAAUCCAAGUCUUGUGCUGGCAUCUCUGGGAAGAGUCAGAUUCUUUUUGCCCUCGUCUUCACAACCCGCUAUCUGGACCUGUUCACCACCUUCAUCUCUGUCUAUAACACGGUGAUGAAGGUCAUUUUUUUGAUAUGUGCCUACGUCACUGUGUACAUGAUCUAUGUGAAAUUCCGGAAAACAUUCGACAGCGAGAAUGACUCCUUUCGCCUCGAGUUCCUGCUGGUCCCUGUCACAGGCCUGUCAUUCCUGGAAAACCACAGCUUCACACCCUUGGAGAUACUCUGGACCUUCUCCAUCUACCUGGAGUCCGUGGCUAUCCUUCCUCAGCUCUUCAUGAUCAGCAAGACGGGAGAAGCAGAGACCAUCACCACACACUACCUGUUCUUCCUGGGCCUCUACCGCGCUCUCUACAUUGCCAACUGGGUCUGGCGCUACUACACGGAGAACUUCUACGACCAGAUUGCUGUAGUUUCCGGAGUGGUACAAACCAUCUUCUACUGUGACUUCUUCUACCUCUAUGUUACCAAAGUCCUAAAAGGAAAGAAGCUAAGUCUUCCCAUGCCUGUUUGAAGACAUUUCCAGACAAUGCAAGAAAUUGAAAAGAUGAAGCUCUUCACCACAGCUUUCCUUUCCUGGCCCUGACUAAUGGAUGGCUCAGCCAAGUUUUGCUCCAGUGCCAGGAACAUAAUGAGGCCUGGAAAGCUGAUAUGCUUUUUAUCGAUACGAGACUUUCUUUUUUAAAAAAAAAAAUAGUAAUAAUUGUUUUUUUCUUACUUGAUUUUGGUGCUAGUAAGUAGUGCUGGCCAAUACUCAAGUAGUGCAAAUUAGUCUCUCCUGGCUCUUCCCAGCAUCAACCUCCAAAACAUGCCUCUACCUUGACCUGAGGCAGCAUAAGGAAUGUAAGGGAAACUGUCACUACCUUUAGUCCUGAGGUCCUUUCCUGAGUACCUAUGGCAAAGGGAACAUGGUACUAACAAGUAUGACAACAUACAAAGGCCACAUCUAACACAGACGACACUAUAAGCUGCUACUUUAACUCUGUACAAACUAGCAUCCUCCUGAAAGUGAACUCUGCUUGACUCCCAUCCUGUAAUGUUACAAGUGCUCUAAAGUUCAGGAAAAAUACACUCCUUCUGAAUGACAUGAAUUUUCCAAUUCUACAGGCAUUCAAACAUCCUCCUCACACACUCGCUUUCAGUGACAGUUCCUCAUAUUCUACAAACAGGGAUCAUUUCAACUAAAAUUCAGUGGGUUGCCAACAGCUGUUUCCAACUCCUUGAAUUUUACUUUUUUUUAACAGAACUGGGAAGAACAAGGGCAAAGAAGGUUUCACACUCAAAAAAUAAAGACCAAGUUCACAA